GUCGGAUCCGGAGACAACUAUGGGUAACACGUAUUUGACUUGCAAUUCCCGGAUUCAAUAUCUUACCAGUUUCUACCUUCUUGCAUCGUUCUACAACUCCAUGGUUAACACGUUCCCUAAAUCUAUUAUCUUAUGUCACUGCUUUGUAGCUGCACUUUUCACACCUUCCUUCCCUGUCUUUUAGCCACUGCUGAAACUUGUACUUUCUCCCUCUCAAAAACUAACACCAUUAUGAUUUCACGCCAACAAUUCUGUCUUCGUAACGGAUGAUACAUGAAGCCCUUUUGAUCCUUCGGUAUUCAAUUCCAGUCUCCAAUCUCGGAUCCCUCUUUUGCAUUCUUCAGAUCAUAGAUUCUAAUAUUGUAUGCAGUUCUGAUAGAAAAAGGAGAAAUAUUUGAUAUUUUCGUAAUUGUGCUACGUUAGAUUGUAUUAGAUUCAUUGUGUAGAAUAGAAUCCUUAUGAAUUAGAAUGCAAUCCGAGAGUUUGAGCCAGACUCCAGCUCUGACACUCUAUCCUGGCCUGAAACCCCCUCACAAAACCCUACUAUUCCACAAAAUAUGUGUUCUUGUCAUCACAUUCCUUGCAUAUGCUUCCUUCCAUGCCUCUAGGAAGCCCCCCAGCAUUGUCAAGAGUGUUCUGGGACCCACACUGCCAUCGAAUGCAGCUCAAGUUUCCAACUUGAGCUCCUAUGAUACUGGGUGGCCACCUUUCAAUGGAACCCAAGGUACUCACAGGCUGGGCGAGCUUGAUCUCGCAUUCCUUACUUCUUACUCCAUUGGCAUGUAUUUCGCUGGUCACGUUGGGGAUCGGAUAGAUUUGAGGUUGUUUCUUGUAUUUGGGAUGAUGGGCAGUGGCUUUUUUACCAUACUUUUUGGGUUAGGUUAUUGGUUAGAUGUUCAUGUGUUGGGGUUUUUUGUUGGUGUUCAGAUUGUUUGUGGAGUGUUUCAGUCAAUUGGGUGGCCUUGUGUGGUUGCAGUUGUGGGGAAUUGGCUAGGGGAAUCAAAGAGGGGCUUGAUAAUGGGGGUAUGGAAUUCGCAUACCUCGGUGGGGAAUAUCAUUGGUUCAGUGGUGGCUUCAGGGGUUUUGGAGUUUGGCUGGGGUUGGUCCUUUGUGGUGCCUGGACUCCUUAUAAUUUUGGUGGGGAUUUUGGUUUUUUUGUUUCUUGUCGUGAACCCCGAGAGUAUGGGAUUUGUGCAUCCUGGAAUGGACAUCGAAAUGAGUGUUGACACCAAAAAUGUAGAGAAUCUGCAGAAAGGGGAAUCGGAGGAAACUAAGCUUAUUGAGUCUGAUAAUUCAGAUUCUUCUUCUGCAAUUGGGUUUUUGGAGGCAUGGAAGUUACCAGGAGUGGCUCCGUUUGCUUUCUGUCUCUUUUUCUCCAAGCUAGUGGCUUAUACCUUUCUGUAUUGGUUGCCCUACUACAUAAAGCACACUGUUGUUGCCGGUGUGCAUAUCUCACACAAAACUGCUGGGUUGCUAUCAACGAUAUUUGACAUUGGGGGAGUCCUAGGAGGAAUCACAGCUGGUUUCGUUUCUGACUUGAUUGAAGCACGUGCUAUUACUGCAAUUCUAUUCCUGUUUCUAUCAAUUCCAGCACUUGCUUUGUAUCGCAUAUUUGGGAGCCUCUCCAUGUUGAUGAACAUCAGUUUAAUGUUUCUUUCGGGGUUUUUGGUGAAUGGUCCAUAUUCGCUCAUCACAACUGCAGUGGCUGCUGAUCUUGGUACGCAAAGCGUGAAUGAUCGGAAUUCCCGAGCACUGGCUACUGUUACUGCAAUUAUAGAUGGCACCGGUUCUGUUGGCGCUGCCCUUGGGCCACUUUUGGCUGGAUAUAUUUCGACUAGGGGAUGGAACAGUGUCUUUUUUAUGCUCAUUCUGUCUAUUUUCUUUGCUGGUUUAUGCUUGAUUCGUAUUGCAAGAACUGAGAUAAGAGAGAAACUUUCAGGAAAGUGAUUUUAAAUAGUUUUUAGAAAUACCCACGUUUGAUUACUUCAGGUCCUUUUGAUGGUACCUUUUACCACACAGGAAUUACCAUUCAAUGUUUGUAUUAUAUACUCAUUCUUGAUUCACUGAUUGUAAAAAAAUAGCAAAUGUAUAAGAAUGUUUAAGGUGAAAGAAUUCAACUUUUUUUCGGUA